AGCCAUUUCCCAGGCACCUACUAGUAUUCACCCAUUCAUUUCGAUGUGCAGCACACACCCACCCACACACACACACUAUAUACACUAGUCUCACUCGUCACACAUCUCACCCACCCCACCCUCACCCUCACCAAAUCCUCCUCCUCUCCCUAGCUAGCAAACCUCGCCACCACCACCACCACCACCAAGCAACAACAACAACAAUCAUCCAGCCAUCCGUCACCGGAUCGAGCCAAGAAAGAUCCAACAAGCUUCCCAAUUCAGGAUCAAAGGAAGAAGAAUUUGCUGUCGGUCUCUUCUUCCAUCAAAGAUCCAAGAACACUCACCAAGCUAGCUAGCUUCUUGAUCUCUUGGCCAGCUGCGGUUAGUUGGAGCGAGCAGCGAUCCCGGCCAUGGAGCUGUUCCCCCGGCAGCCGGACCUUGCGCUGCAGAUCAGCACCACCAGCUCCUCCUCCUCGCCGCCGGCCGCGCCGCCGGGCAGCUGGGGGCGCCCACCGGACGCCGCCACCGGGGCCGGCACCAUGGAUCACUUCGGCCACCACCUAGGGUUUCUGCGAGCCGACAACGCCGGCAAAGACGGCACGCCGCCGUCGCCGUGGACGCCGCCGCCGCCUUCGGCCGCGGGCUACUCCAACCACAUCAGCAACCACUACCACCACCGGAUGAACGCCUUGCUCAAGCCGAUAAGAGGGGUCCCAAUCUACCACCACCACCCCUCCUUCCAGCAGCUCCAGCACCAGCACAUGGCCAUGGCCUACCGGAGCAGCGGCGUUAGCGGCGGCGGCGGCUUCCUGUCGUCGAGGUCUAGGUUCCCGCCUGGGCGGCGGAGCGUCAGGGCGCCGAGGAUGCGGUGGACCACUACGCUGCACGCGCGCUUCGUGCACGCCGUCGAGCUCCUGGGAGGCCAUGAGAGAGCCACUCCCAAGUCAGUGCUGGAGCUGAUGGAUGUGAAGGAUCUCACCUUGGCACAUGUCAAGUCUCACUUGCAGAUGUAUCGCACGAUAAAGAGUACCGACAAACCCAUGACUUCACCAGGACAAAAUGAAGGAUUCGAUAAUGGAUCAGCAGGUGAGAUCUCCGACGAGAGCUUGCCAGAGGCCCUCAACACCCACAGGGCCACAGAUCAAAAUGGAACCAGUGCAAAUUCACACAGCAGCAGCAGCUACAACAAUGGUGGUCUGUGGAGCAACUCCUCAAGGGUAGGAUGGCCUGCUUUCGGCACAAAUAGCACCGAAAAUAGAGGACAGUGCCACAAGGAAGCGGAUGCAUCAAAGAGCCUUGAGCUGUCGGCGGAGAUGAACUUGUCGUGCAUCUCCGAUCAAACAUCGAGUCCGCCGGUGCCGAACCUUGAGUUCACCCUAGGGAGGACACACCAUUAAGUAACUAGUUAAACAACAGAUUUCUAGCUAGAUUAAUUAAUUGAUCCAGUGUACUCCGCAACAAUAGCUAGGUCGAGGUAAAGAGAAAGAUGGAUGCAACAUUCUGAUCAAGGCCAAAGGUGAUGAGAUAGAAAGUGAUAAUCAAUCUCCCCUCCAUUAUGUGUGUGUCUGUGUGUGUUGGAGAGAGAGAGAGAGAGAGAGAGAGAGAGAGAGAAAGAUCUAGCUUGCUAGAGAGAGUGAGAGUGAAGUAUCUGAUCUUGUUCUCCAUGAAUGGUAUGCUUUAUGUGUAAAGUGGUCUUAUGUUGUUUA